CAUGACGGCAAGCUACUAGAUGGAUGUGCGCAGAGCCUGCGCAAAUGAGCCGCGCCCAGGACUAUGACGAUCACUGGUCGAAAUGGCAUGCUCAGCAUCCAGGCUGCGAGUGGCACUUGAGCUACCAUGGCGUUUGCGGAAUUCUGAGGCCCAUUCUGAACCCGCUGCUGUCAGGUGGUGGGCGAGUGGUCGACCUUGGCUGCGGGACUAGCAAUUUCAGUCUGGAGCUUCUGGAUGACUUUCAAGAGGCUUGCGUGACCUUGGUCGAUGUGUCCGACUCUCUCAUUGCACAGUUGGAGGAGCAGCAUGCGCGCAACCCAAGGGUCUCCUGCGUUCGCAGUGACUGCAGGGAUGCGGAGGGUUUGGCUGCCCUGAGCGGCGCUGCUGUCGUGGUGGACAAGGGGACCACUGAUGCCGUGCACGACAAAGCUGAGAAGGUUCAGAUGCUGAGUGCAGCAGUGUCGCUGUUGCAGCCAUCUGGGGUGCUGGUGUCAAUUUCGUUCGCAGCCGCAUCUCAAGUGUUGCUACUUCAGCGACUUGGGCAAGAUUUGUCUCUGCGGCUGCUGCUGCGGGUUGUGCAGGUGGGCAAAGAAAAGCGUCUUGUGGCCUUGCUCGGAAGGAGUUUGGACAGCUACUCAGCAGAUACGGACGAGCUCUCAAGACGAGAGCUGGACCGGCUGCUCUACCGCGGUCCCUUGCGGAGCGAGCUGACAGUGAGCUUUGAGCAUCCGAGCCUGGAGUCCUGCAUCACCGUAGAGCAGGAGGUGGCCAACGCUCGAAGCGGCGAGGAUUCCACUGGCAGCGUGGUGUGGCCGUCCGCCUACUCCAUGUGUGCGCAUCUCUGCGCUCAUCCACAUUUGGUCCGUGGCAAGCGGGUGGUGGAGCUGGGUGCAGGAACUGGGCUUGUGGGAUUGGUUUGUGCGGCUCUGGGCGCUGAAGUGGUACUCACAGACCUACCCCAAGGCUUGCAACUGCUGCAGAAAAACGUGGACCGAAAUGCUGCAGCUUUGCGCGUGCCGGUGAAAGUGGCAGAGUUGAGAUGGGGAAUGGAGGCUGCAAGGCAGGUUGCGCCUGAAGGAUGCGAUGUGGUCAUCGGCUGCGAGGUCAUCUACCAGCACGACGACGAGACGUCUGCAGCGCUGGUUGGGGCGAUGCGGUGUUUGGCUGGGGAGGAGGGAGUUUGCCUCAUGGCCUACGAGUUCCGCGAUGGGCUCGUGCAGGACGCAGUGUUCUUCGAUUGUGCGAAUGAGGUCUUCGAGGUUGAGGGGGAGUCCCUGGUGUGUUACGGAUACGGCGUGUCGGAGGAAGAGGACGACCGCAUGCUCUACACCUACAAAGCCAAGGCCCCACAAUUGCACUAUGCUCGCGAUUGUUCGCACGUCCAUUCCGAGAGCUCGGUGAGGUUGGAGGCAGAGGCACGGACUCACAAAUUGCCGAGUUGCACGCCGGCGAGAAGGUGACCAGCACCGCCCGAGGAAACCUCCAGCGCGGCCAAGCGAGACUUGAGAGUUUCGAGCCAUGCACUUCGAGCGCUACGUAUCCGUGUAAACAUGGCAGCCUUACCUGUUACUGUGUUCCUUUUUGUGCUGCGCAUCCCAGCUGAUUCUUCAUGGCCGGUCGCCUUGUUUUGGCUCCAGCAGG